UUCUCCAACCGCCAGAAAACACUGGAGAAGAAAAAGCCGCUGCUCGCCUGAGCCGCUUUAGCCCCUCGAGUUAUAAAAAUAAAAACACGUUAUUGUGUCUGGCUCUGAGGAUUUAAAACCCUGAGGAGGCUGUAGCAACACCAAUCAUGAUGGGAUUAGUACUCAUCGUUUCCCAAAAGCCCGGACAAUGAGAGAGAAAUGUGAACGCUUCGUGCGAGGCACCCGGAAAAAGCCGAGGACCAAAGCAGAGCUGAGAAAAAGACCAAGAAAAUCGGCAAUUCACAAGUCGACUGUUGCCAGGCUGUGUGAGGACAUGAAAACAGAGACAUCCAUGGAUGGAGAGACCUCAGAAGCCUGUGUGAAGAAAGAGGAGACGCUGGAGCUGAGCAUCUACAACUAUGGAGACGGUCUCGACAACCCACCUGAAGGCCUCUCCGUUAAAGUGGAAGAUCCUGACGAUAAAGACUAUCUCUACUGUGAAGUUUGCAAAUCCUUCUUCUUCAACAAAUGCGAGGUUCAUGGACCACCCCUCUUCAUCCCCGAUACUCCUGUUCCCAUGGGAGUCCCUGACCGAGCCAGACAAACACUUCCUCCUGGGCUAGAAAUCCAGAAGUCCAGUAUUCCUGAUGCAGGCCUGGGAGUGUUUAAUAAGGGGGAGACUGUUCCAGUAGGUGCACACUUCGGUCCCUGCCAGGGAGAGCUGGUGAACCGAGAGGAAGCCAAGAACAGUGGAGACUCCUCGGUUGUAUACAGGAGCAUGCAGUGUGAAGAAUACAUCGAUGCCAAAAGAGAGACGCAUGUGAAUUGGAUGAGGUAUGUGAAUUGUGCUCGUAAUGAAGAAGAACAGAAUCUUGUGGCAUUUGAGUAUCAAGGGGGAAUUCUGUAUCGUUGCUGUCGAUCCAUUAACCCAGGACAGGAGCUCUUGGUGUGGUAUGAAGAGGAGUACACCAAAGAACUCCGUCCUGCACCUACAGGAACAACUAGACAGCAAGAAGUAAAGAACGCUCUGCUGCAAGUCUUUUCCUGCUCCACAUGCCCUCGUUCCAAUGCAUCUCCAAUUUACCUCGACAAACACAUCCAGAGAUGCCACUAUGAAGAGUACGUGAGACUGCAAGAAUCAGGAGAGAUUAAAUGUAAGCUUCAGAUCCCCUCCAAAUGCUCCAGUCGUCAACCAACAUCAACUAAUAUUAUCCAUUCUGGUACUUCCCAUAAUGAUAUACAGAAGGAAAUUCACCACUGCUCAGAUUGUGGAAAGAGUUUUAGUUAUCAGAAUGCACUCAAAACACACCAGCGCAUUCACACAGGGGAAAAGCCGUAUCACUGCUCACAGUGUGGGAAGAGUUUUACUCGUCAGAGUCAUCUCCAACAACACCAGCGCAUUCACACAGGAGAGAAGCCGUUUCACUGCUCACAGUGUGGGAAGAGUUUUACUCAGCGGCGUGAUCUCCAAACACACCAGCGCAUUCACACAGGAGAGAAGCCGUUUCACUGCUCACAGUGUGGGAAGAGUUUUAUUCGUCAGUAUGAUCUCCAACGACACCAGCGCAUUCACACAGGAGAGAAGCCGUAUCACUGCUCACAGUGUGGGAAGAGUUUUACUCGUCAGAGUUAUCUCCAAAGACACCAGCGCAUUCACACAGGAGAGAAGCCGUAUCACUGCUCACAGUGUGGGAAGAGUUUUACUAGUCAGAGUGCUCUCCAAAAACACCAGCGCAUUCACACAGGAGAGAAGCCGUAUCGCUGCUCACAGUGUGGGAAGAGUUUUACUAGUCAGAGUGCUCUCCAAACACACCAGCGCAUUCACACAGGAGAGAAGCCGUUUCACUGCUCACAGUGUGGGAAGAGUUUUACUCAGCAGAGUACUCUCCAAAAACACCAGCGCAUUCACACAGGAGAGAAGCCAUUUCACUGCUCACAGUGUGGGAAGAGUUUUACUCAGCAGAGUGCUCUCCAAACACACCAGCGCAUUCACACAGGAGAGAAGCCGUUUCACUGCUCACAGUGUGGGAAGAGUUUUAUUAGUCAGUAUGAUCUCCAACGACACCAGCGCAUUCACACAGGAGAGAAGCCAUUUCACUGCUCACAGUGUGGAAAGAGUUUUACUAGUCAGAGUGCUCUCCAAACACACCAGCGCAUUCACACAGGAGAGAAGCUGUAUCACUGCUCACAGUGUGGGAAGAGUUUUACUAGUCAGAGUGCUCUCCAAACACACCAGCGCAUUCACACAGGAGAGAAGCUGUAUCACUGCUCACAGUGUGGGAAGAGUUUUACUGAACGGAGUGCUCUCCGACGACACCAGCGCAUUCACUCAGGAGAGAAGCCGUAUCACUGCUCACAGUGUGGGAAGAGUUUUACUCGUCAGAGUGCUCUCCAAAUACACCAGCGCAUUCACACAGGAGAGAAGCCGUUUCACUGCUCACAGUGUGGGAAGAGUUUUACUCGUCAGAGUGCUCUCCAAAAACACCAGCGCAUUCACACAGGAGAGAAGCCGUUUCACUGCUCACAGUGUGGGAAGAGUUUUAUUAGUCAGUAUGAUCUCCAACGACACCAGCGCAUUCACACAGGAGAGAAGCCGUUUCAUUGCUCACAGUGUGGGAAGAGUUUUACUCGUCAGAGUUAUCUCCAACAACACCAGCACAUUCACACAGGAGAGAAGCCGUAUCACUGCUCACAGUGUGGGAAGAGUUUUACUCGUCAGAGUGCUCUCCAAACACACCAGCGCAUUCACACAGGAGAGAAGCCAUUUCACUGCUCACAGUGUGGGAAGAGUUUUACUCGUCAGAGUGCUCUCCAAACACACAAGCGCAUUCACACAGGAGAGAAGCCGUAUCACUGCUCACAGUGUGGGAAGAGUUUUAUUAGUCAGUAUGAUCUCCAACGACACCAGCGCAUUCACACAGGAGAGAAGCUGUUUCACUGCUCACAAUGUGGGAAGAGUUUUACUCAGCAGAGUGCUCUCCAAAGACACCAGCGCAUUCACACAGGAGAGAAGCCGUAUCACCGCUCACAGUGUGGGAAGAGUUUUACUCAGCAGAGUGAUCUCCAACUACACCAGCGCAUUCACACAGGAUAGAAGCCGUAUCACUGCUCACAGUGUGGGAAGAUGUUUGCUUGUUUAGUUACAUUUAAGACCUUCAAGUGCACUAACUCUGAGACAUUGCAUGAUUUAAAGUUGUCAAAUUAAAUAUGGUUGUUACAGUUUUGGCUGAAAAUGACCUGUACUUUGAACUUUAUUGUUCAUGUUACACUGGUCAACAAUUUUUCAGAAGUUGUCUGCUUCAGAGAUGAAAUUGGCUAUUAUGAAAUUUGGUGUGUUGAAUUAGAAGGGACAGUUAAUCAGCUGUUUGGCUAUGGCUUCCACGAUAUUUAAGAUUUUAAAUUUUAUGCUUGUGUACAUUGUGUCGAUUGUAAGGUUUUAAAUAUAAAUUGUAAAACUAGGUCUCCAUGUCUUUAUGGUCUGUUUACAUGAUAUUUCACCUGUUCUCUUUAUGUAACACUAGAAAAUCAGCAAAAAGUUUAUAUAAAUAAAAUGUAUUAUGAACCAAAUUGCAAAAACCAAUCAUGUAUAAGUACUGAGUAAGAAAACAUUGAAUAAAUAGGUGAUUCAGAAGCAUUUGGGCAAGGUUUUCCCCCUUUGGCUGCCCGCUUCGUGACUUAACUAAUUUCACUUAUUCAAUCAAAAUCUUCAACUUGUGUACUUGUGGGGAUUUUUUUCACCCCUUACCUAUGUGAUUCUUUAAACAAAUAACACCAGAAGCAAACAAACCUCUUUGAAAAACAAUCAGUUAUUCUUUUAGCAAUGGCUAUGUACCUAAAUCCUUUUACCUAGCAGUUGUCAGACUCUUGAUUAAAGAA